UAGACAUAUUCCACAAGCUGUCAUGUCAAUGAAGGAUGGAAAAUGGGAUCGUAAAAAGUUCAUGGGCGCAGAGCUCUAUGGAAAAGUUCUUGGUAUUGCAGGGCUUGGAAGAAUUGGCAAAGAGGUGGCAACGAGAAUGCAGUCCUUCGGUAUGAAGACCAUUGGUUACGACCCCAUCACCCCUCCGGAGGUUUCUGCGAGCUGGGGUGUGGAGCAGAUGUCUCUAGAGGAGCUGUGGCCACAGUGUGAUUAUAUCACAGUCCAUACUCCACUCAUGCCCUCCACCACAGGUCUCCUUAAUGACGCUUCAUUUGCUAAGUGUAAGAAAGGUGUGAAGGUGGUGAACUGUGCUCGCGGCGGCAUCAUUGAUGAAGCCGCCCUCCUCCGGGCUCUGGAGUCGGGACAGUGUGGAGGAGCGGGGCUGGAUGUGUUUGUGGAGGAGCCUCCAAAAGACCGGGUGCUGGUGAACCAUCCCAAUGUGAUCAGCUGUCCUCAUCUGGGAGCCAGCACUAAAGAAGCUCAGGCCCGCUGUGGGAGAGAUAUCGCCCUGCAGAUUGUGGACAUGGCCACGGGCAAAGCAUUAGUGGGAGCCGUGAAUGCUCAGGUGUUGGUCAGUACUUUCUCUCCUGACUCUCAUCAGUGGAUUCGGCUGGGAGAGUCCAUGGGCAGCGUGUUGAAGGCCUGCACCGCUUCUAAACAACCCUACAGUCAGGUCCACGUCACAUCACUUGGGGAGUCCUUGAAGAAGUCCUCUGGGUUUUUGAGCUCAGCAGCUGUAGUUGGUUUGCUCACUGAAGGUCCUCAGAAAGGCCCCAACUUGGUGAAUGCACUGCCUCUAGCUGCAGAGACAGGAAUUACAGUGCAGACGGAUCAUAAAGACUCAAAUGAGCGUGAGGUGUGUGUGCUGGAGGUCUCUGUGAACGGCAGUAGCUAUACUGCUGUAGGCUCAGUGCAGGCCGGGGUUCCUGUGCUGCUCGAGCUGAAUGGAAGUGUGUUUCGACAGCCUGUUCCUCUCACUGGACACCUGCUGUUCUUCAAAGCAUCCAAUUCCACUGAGCUCCUGCUCUCUGUGACCGGGGUUUUGGCAGCAGCAGGUGUGUUGCUGCAGUCCUUCAGUGCCUCUACUGCCAGCAGUGGUGAGCAGUGGUACUGCAUGGGUAUAUCUUCACUGCUGGGGGACAUCGGUGCCCUGAAGUCCUUAGCGAAAGAGGCUGCACAGCUCACGGUCUGAAUAUCUGUCAGUGAUCCUGAUGGGAAACACUUAACAUUCCAGCAGCUUUAGCUCUAGCCUGACUGAAUUUCAUUGCUCACUGUUACUCACAUUGUUCAUAACACUACAAUUCCUAAAACAACUGUGUGGAAAAAUAGUCCUGUUUUUACUUUUUGUUGUUAGUGUUUACUAAAACCACUGUAUUCCAAAUGAAAGUGUUUGAUUAAAAUAACAACAAUCAGUGCUUUGCA